AAAAGAGACGAACAAAACAUACGCGGUCUCCGAACCCGCCGAGUCCUCUUCCCCAUUCUGAUCUCACCACGUCAUCAUAUUCCCCGAUUUUGCCGGACCCACAUUUGGACCAAGCCCGCGAAACGCGGCCAGUUUAUUUUGAAGCCAGCUUUGGAGUUCCCUGAGAGCCUUACCUCUCCACCUCUCUCUCACUCUCUCUCUCUCCACCGUUCUAGUAAGAGAAAAAAAAAUAAAAAAAAAUAGCAUAAUUUGAUUAAUAGGAGAGAAAAAAAAAAAAAAAAAAAGGGUGGGAUUUCUCCCCUGACCCCCUCUCACCGGAGUCUGAUAUCUCCGGCGCAACUUCCCUGCUGGGAACUUACAAUUCCGGCGCCGGAGCUUUCCCGCAUUCUCCCUCUUCAUCAAUUUAUGUUCCAGGUACUUCAAUUUUUCUGGGUUUUCUCGAAUCAGCAUUAAUGGAUAACUUCAGAAGACCAUUUAAAGGAAUAAUCAAGGACAUCAAAGGAAGAGCAGCAUGUUACAAGGAUGACUGGUUUGGUCCGUCAUGCUUUGAUAUUGGGAUAUUGGCUCCAACCGCAUAUAUUUUCUUUGCUUCUGCGCUUCCCGUUAUUGCAUUUGGAGAGCAACUGAACAGGGAAACAGAUGGAAAAUUGAGCACAGUAGAGACUUUAUCUUCUACCGCACUCUGUGGAAUCAUCCAUUCGAUAUUUGGUGGACAACCUUUGUUGAUCUUGGGAGUUGCAGAGCCAACUGUGAUAAUGUACAGUUAUUUGUACAAUUUCAGCAAAGAUAAUGACCAGUUGGGACCAAAGCUGUAUUUACCUUGGGCGGGUUGGGUCUGUGUCUGGACAGCGCUUUUUCUGGUUCUUCUUGCAAUUUUCAAUGCUUGUACAAUCAUAACCAGAUUCACACGGCUUGCUGGGGAACUUUUUGGCAUGUUGAUUGCUGUUCUGUUUAUGCAAGAGGCCAUUAAAGGAAUCAUAAACGAAUUUAGAAUCCCCAAACGUGAAGAUCCGAAUUUGGAAGCCUUUGAAUACCAAUGGCUCUAUGCAAAUGGACUGCUUUCGAUCAUUUUCUCCUUCGGUCUGCUUUAUACGGCCAUUAAAAGCAGAAAAGCAAGAUCAUGGAAGUAUGGUACAGGACCGAUUCGCGGUUUCAUUGCAGAUUAUGGUGUUCCUUGCAUGGUUUUGUUAUGGACAAUAAUGUCUUACAGUGUUCCUAGUAGACUUCCUGACAGGCUUCCUAGGAGACUCAGGUCUCCACUUUUCUGGGACUCUGAAGCAACAGACCAUUGGAGCGUAAUGAAGGACAUGCCGAACGUUCCAGUGGCAUAUAUUUUCGCUGCUAUUAUACCAGCCGUGAUGGUUGCAGGACUGUACUUUUUCGACCACAGUGUGGCUUCACAAAUGGCACAACAGAAGGAGUUUAAUCUCAAGAAACCAUCUGCAUACCAUUACGAUAUGCUAUUGCUCGGUAUCAUGACUUUGAUUUGUGGGUUGCUUGGUCUUCCUCCUUCAAAUGGUGUCCUUCCACAGUCCCCUAUGCACACCAAGAGUCUUGCUGUUCUCCGAAGGAGGCUAAUCCGGCGGAGGAUGGUAAAGAGUGCCAAGGAAUGCAUCAAACAACAAGCGACCAACACUGAAAUCUAUGGGAAGAUGCAAGCAGUGUUCAUAGAGAUGGACGCCUCUCCAACCGCUACUGAGUUAGAUGGCCUAAAAGAGGCUGUAAUGAAAGCUGAAGAUGGAGGAGAUUCAAACACCAAAUUUGAUCCUGAGAAACAUAUCGAUGCUUAUUUGCCCGUUCGGGUCAAUGAACAAAGAGUGAGCAACUUGAUGCAGUCUGUGAUAGUGGGAUUAGCAGCUUUGGCCAUGCCAAUAAUAAAAAAGAUACCUACUUCACUUCUUUGGGGAUAUUUUGCAUACAUGGCUAUUGAUAGUCUCCCAGGGAGUCAGUUCUGGGAAAGGUUUACACUGCUCUUUGUCAUGCCAGACCGACGGUACAAGGUAUUGGAAGGCCCUCAUGCCUCAUACGUUGAAAAGGUUCCAUAUAAGUACAUCGCCAUAUUCACAAUCUUUCAACUUGUAUACCUUCUUAUUUGUUUUGGGGUGACAUGGAUUCCUAUAGCUGGAAUAUUGUUCCCUGUGCCAUUCUUCCUUCUUAUAAGCAUAAGAGAACGCUUGCUCCCCAAGCUAUUCCAGCCUUACCAUCUUCAGGAACUGGAUGCAUCUGAGUAUGAAGAAAUUGCUGGUGCUCCACACCGUAACCGAAGCAUAUCUCUCACGGAAAGAGAUCUACCUGAUGCCGAUAACGAUAAUACAGCUGAAGAUAUCUAUGAUGCUGAAGUAUUGGAUGAAAUGACUACCAGUAGAGGAGAGUUGAAGCUGAGAACAGUAAGCCACAAUGAAGACAGGUUCUCCCAGGUUCACCCAGAAGAUGUUGUACGAAUAUAAUGAAAGAUGCUGAUUACGCUAUAGACCUGAGCAGCUGAGCUUGUGUUAUGAAGCUGGUGAUUAGUAGUCCUCAAGAUAGGGAGUCGAGGAAAAUGGUCUUCUACAAAACCACCUAAGCUACACAUAGAUAUUAAAGAAGGAGAAAAAAAAAAAAAAAAAUUACACUACGACAAAGAUGAGAUAUAAGCAUGCAUGAAGAAGAUGUAAAGAGAUUGCAUUUUCAAGUGUAAUUUAUUUCUAGUAGGGAAAAGCCGUUUAGAGAUCUUCAAGAGAGAACAAGGUUUUCAUAGCUCAUCAUUCUUUUGCUUAUUGAUGAAUUGCUGGAAAGGAGAUGAGGAAAAGAAAUGGGGAAGAGAGCAAGGGGGUAUCAGGAUACUACUGUACUUGAUUUUCAAAGGAAAAAAACUAUAUGAUUAUUCAUGUAGAAAUAGGGAAGAGUAAGGGGAAUAACUUGUACUUCGCAUUCAAAGCAAAAUUGUUCAAGGGAGUAGUAAUUUUUUUUUUUUCCUAAUUAAAGAUAACUUGUUAGAAUUUUAUUUUUAGUAAUAUAUUGAAAAAAGUUUACGAACUUGUAUUAGGAACAAUUAAAACACAAAUUAGGGAUUGUGAUUUUCUUAUGUAGUAUGCUCUAAUUGGUUGGCAUU